AUGGCUCCCUAUGUUACCUUGGUGCAAAAUCUUCAUACUGCCAUCACAAACUCUAUCAUAAAAGUCUAUUGUGUUCGUGUCUUUGGAGGUCUUCCUGAUGACAAUAAAGAUAUCAAUUUAGAAUGUGUUUUUCAUGAUUCAAAGUUUACAAUCUUUUGGUUCAUUAAUGACAUCUAUAACUUGGCAUAUAUCAUUGGUGUUAUCACUGCACCUGGAAGAGUUGUGAAGCAAAGUAGAUAUAGGUUGAUUGAAGUGAAAAUAAGUGAUGAGCACCAUAAUAAGAUAUUGUGUACAACUUGGGAUUCCAACGUGGAUUCUUAUUUGUCUCAAUUGAAAAAGGUUGAAGGGACUGUCCCUAUAAUCAUAGUGCAGUUUUGCAAGGCUAAUGUUUUCAGAGGGUCAGUGGAUCAAACUGGAGUGAAGCAUGGUAGGGAGCUUGAUGAUCUUGAUGUCAAGUCUAUUAGUGAUGUUGUCUGUUUGGAGGAUGGCUCUUAUUGGGUCUUUGGUAAAGUUGAAUCAAUUGAGCCUCAUUUUGGAGAGUGGUACUAUCUAGCAUGUAAAACCUGUGUUAAGAAAGUUAGAGUGUUGGAUGACAAGAAGUUUAGAUGUGAUUUUUGCAUCAAGAAUUAUGAUGAUGUUGUUAAAAGGUUCAGGUUUGUAGUCAACAUUGUUGAUGACACAAGUAAUGCAUCCCUUUUGUUGUGGGGUAGAGAAACUGUUCAAUUAAUUGGUAAAAGGGUGACUGACUUGAUUGGAAGCAAUAUGGAGAAUAAUGUUAUGAAAUAUAUUCCUAGGAAAAUUGAGGAGCUGCUUUUGGGUCAAGAGGUGUUGUUUAAGGUUCAAAGCAGGAAUAACAAGGAAUAUUAUCGUAGAUAUCCGUAUACGGUUAAAAAAAUUUGCAACAUCCCAGAUAUAGUUGAGAAACAUGUUCCUCUAAAUAUUGGAUCACAAGUUUUCAAUUCUGAUGUGAAGUUGUAUGAUUUACUCUUUGGUGUUGAUAUUGUAGAGGUGUCUGGUAAGGGCUUUGUCACACCUGAUUUAUCUGUGGUUACUAAGGCAAAUGAGAUUGAAUGGAUUGCUGAGGGAAGUGUGAAGAGGUGUUUGGAAGAUGAGUUUGAUAACUGUGAUGAUGUGUCUUUUGGAAAGAUCAAGAAGAAGAUGAAGAAAGUAAAUGUGAUUGAAGAAGAUGAUGAGGCUUCUGUCAGCUACAGUCGGGACAUCUCUCUUGGUGAUUAA